UUACAAAACUAGCUACUUGAAUUGAAACAAAUACUCCCAAAGAUACAAGUGUUGAGCGAACGGUAGGAGUAUUGACGAUCCCGUGAAAACAAUUUGGAAGAUGAGCGCAUUAUCUCGAGUACAGUUCUCCAUGGCUGCUGCUACUAAUCUCAUCACUCCAUACCCAAAACCAUUUUCAAAUAUUGUUCCUCCUCCCGCCUUCCUCUUUCUUCAUUGCCCAACCUUCCAUUCUUUCUCAUUUGUAACACCAUCUACUCCUUCAGAGAUAUGCAGAACUACACAAGCUACAAAGAGUACAAAGAGUGAAGUGGAUGUAUUGCUUAAAGGAGUUGUAGAUAGAAGUCUUGUUGAACAGAUCAAGAAUAUUAUUGAUAUGGCGAACCGAGCAUCAUUGAGAAGAGAAAUCUUGCAUACAGAUUUUCUUACCCCCCCGGUAAUGAAUGAGGCUAUGAUGGCUCUGAAAAAAUUAGCUGAUGUAAAGGCUAUUCCUAAUGGAGGGUAUUCAGAGGCUGAGCGUUGUCGACUCUCAGUAGGACACCCAGACGUUCUUAGAACUCUUCCUGAAACAGUUGCCGCAAUGAGCAUUACAGGGAACUUUGGGUAUCAACCACCUUCCCAUGGUGAUUUCCUUGGCUCAAUUCUGGGCACAGGGAUUGCUAGAGAAAAGCUUGGGGAUAUUAUCCUUCAGGGAGAAAAGGGGGCUCAAGUUCUUAUUGUUCCUGACCUUGUUGACUACAUGAUUUCAUCAUUGGACAAGGUUGGUAAAGUUCCUGUCGAUAUUACAUUGAUACCCUUGGAAGCACUUGUAUAUGAACCACCAAGAACCAAGAUCUUUAAGACUGUAGAGUCCUCUUUGAGAGUUGACGCUAUAGCUAGUGCUGGAUUCAAAAUUUCACGGUCUAAGUUUUCUGAUUUGAUAAGCAAAGGAGACGUGCGUAUAAACUGGAGUACUGUGACUAAAAAUGGAGCCACACUAAAGACUGAUGAUGUAGUCUCAGUCAGUGGCAGUGGAAGACUGAAGAUUGGUGAGAUAGUUACAACAAGGAAGGGAAAAUACGCGGUUGAACUUAUACGAUACUUAUAGUACUUGGACCAUUUAAUCAUUGAUUCUUUUGCAAACUCGCGGUUGGAUUGUAAGUAGUGUUGUCAUACAUUGGUUUGUGUAAGUAGUGUUUCUUCGUUCAGAAUAUCAAGUGUGCACUAAAGAUUUAUAGUUUUCUAGCUUUGGAUUAUAAUGGAGUAAUGCAAAAUGUCUCGUACUCUUAGUAUUGUAAUAAUGAAUGUUUGUUGUGUUUUUAGAGCAUAUAAGCGCGGAAGCUCAAAAGAAAAUCUAUGGUUUCAGACAUACAAGAGAACAAAUUUGUGACAGGAUUGCAUGGAUGCACUUGUGGAGCACUAGAUGUAGGUGCCUGCAGACUGCUUGAUGGCAAACCAAUUCAGAUUUUGUUUUACUACUUGAUGAGAGCUUUAGAGCUACGAGAUUAUGGAAAAAGUUUCGUAUGAAUUUAGUUUAGACUAUUUUAGCGUGCACCAACCUUAAAAUGUUACAAUAAUAAUACAUUUUUCAUGUGACAAAUACAAUUAGGUACAUUAUUGGGAAGUAUUCAUUAUUUUAAGUUGGUCCAUACUAUUUGACUAAAGCAAUACAAGAUUUACAUGAAAUUAUGAAAGACUAUAUUGAGAUUGUGAAAAACAAUAUCUUUACUUCGGAUUUAUUCCCCCUGUGAAUAGAUUGUGUUUUAAAGGUUGACUUAUAAAAU